AUGGAAACGAGCGAGCCGCAACGUCCGGCCGACGAUGGCCCGCGCAAGGCGACGGGGUCGCGGCUGACGGCGGCGCAGGUCGAGUACCUCGUGAGUCAGCGUGACGAGCAUGGCAUCACGUACCGCGCCGAGCACAAGGAGGCGCGCGAGGCCAUCGCCAAGCACCUGAACCUCGACGUGGCGCAGAUGCAUGUCUGGUUCAAGAACCACCGGGUGCGCGACCCGGCGCUCAAGGUCGAAGCGCAACCAGCAAGCGCCAAGAUCAAGAAGCGCCGCCGCAGCACGGCCGACCCAGCCGCCGCCGAGCACGACGCCGCCGAGCCAAAGCGCAGCCUGGCGGAUCGCCCACCGUUGCGCCUCAGCGAGCCCAUCCUUCGCCCGCCGUCGAGCUUUCCGGAGCCAUCGGCCGAGCCGGCGCAGGACGCGCUGGCCCUUGCCGCCCACAAGCGCAUUCUCACGGACCUCGACACGCUGCAUGCGCUCGGCUUUAGCUCGAUGCUGGCGCUGCACAACGAGGCGAUCGACAUUGGCAGCUACGACGUCCGCGGGCCGCUCGCCUUCCUCAAAGACUUGACGGCCGCCAACAAGCUGUACCCUGAGCUCCGCGAGGCGAACCCGCCAAACACCGCUGGCUCGCCGCAGUAGACCGCUCCGUAGCUCUCACUGUAGAUAUAAUCCCGCGCAACAAGGAUGUGUUCAUCC